AUGUCUCUCACAACCGACCGUGACGUCGACCGCGUCGAACAGAAGAUUGCGGAAGCUGUUAGCCUUGCUGUCGCAACGAAUUGCGACAUAGUAAGGGACAAAAUGUGCUCCCCUGUACAUCACCACGGGAAAAUCCUCGUUAUCAAGCACGACAAAGUCAAAUCGGCCAUGCCCGUGUUCGAGAUUGUUAAUAUCACUCAAGAGGAUUAUUGCGGGACCCAGGAUUCAUUUGUUGCUGGUUCCUAUCCUUCACCUGGACCAAUAUUAAUCCGGAAACGAAUGUCUACAACGACAGCACGGAACGAGUUACUAUACGUCAAAAGAAAUUUCGGGCUCUUCGACGCCUCAACACCGUUGUUUCUGCAGGCUGUGAUCACUGGCAGCGCAGAUGGAUCCUUUGUCAAGAUUGACCUGGACGCACGCGCAGAAAUCGUACCUUACAUCGUACAACUUCGAAUCAUUACUUGA